AUGGGGAUCCGAGAGUUUCCCGGCGGCGCACCCGGGGGCAAAAGCAUCACCAUUGGCAUGAGGAGGUCACCGGACGUCAGCCCCAGGAGACUGUCCGACAUCAGCCCCCAGCUCCGGCAGCUCAAGUACUUGGUGGUGGACGAGGCGAUUAAGGAGGAUCUGAAAUGGUCGCGCUCGGUGGAGGACCUCACCAGCGGGCCCGUGGGGCUCACGUCCAUCGAGGAGCGGAUCCUGCGCAUCACCGGCUACUACGGCUACCAGCCCUGGGCGGCGAGCUACAAAAGGGAGGAGCGCCUCCGGGACCCCCCGGGCCCGGCAGAGGCCCAGGCGCCGGUGGGGACCGACACCGGUGGCAGGCCGAGCCCUCGCUGCUGGAGAUGUUCCCAGGCGCAGCUCAAGAAGAUCUUCUGGGGCGUGGCAGUGGUGCUGUGCGUGUCCUCCUCCUGGGCCGGUGCCACCCAGCUCGCCAAGCUGACCUUCAGGAAGCUCGAUGCUCCCUUCACCCUGACGUGGUUUGCCACCAACUGGAACUUUUUCUUCUUCCCGUUGUACUACGCGGGGCACGUCUGCAAGUCGGCAGAGAAACAGUCGGUGAAGCAGAGAUACAGGGAAUGCUGUCGAUUUUUUGGAGACAAUGGCUUGACUUUGAAGGUGUUUUUUACCAAGGCAGCACCCUUUGGUGUUCUUUGGACACUCACAAACUACCUGUACUUACAUGCAAUAAAGAAAAUAAACACUACGGAUGUCUCCGUAUUGUUCUGCUGCAACAAAGCUUUUGUGUUCUUGCUCUCAUGGAUCGUUCUCAGGGACAGGUUCAUGGGAGUGAGGAUCGUGGCCGCCAUCCUCGCCAUCGCUGGGAUCGUGCUGAUGACCUACGCGGAUGGCUUCCACAGCCACUCUGUCAUCGGCAUAGCCCUGGUGGUGGGCUCGGCAUCCAUGUCCGCCCUCUACAAGGUCCUGUUCAAGCUCCUCCUGGGCAGUGCUAAGUUUGGAGAAGCCGCCUUAUUUCUGUCCAUUUUGGGUGUGUUUAACAUCCUCUUCAUCACCUGUAUUCCUGUCAUCCUCUACUUUACCAAAGUGGAAUACUGGAGCUCUUUCGAUGACAUUCCAUGGGGGAACCUUUGUGGAUUUUCAGUCCUCUUAUUGACAUUCAAUAUUGUAUUAAAUUUUGGAAUUGCUGUUACAUAUCCCACUCUGAUGUCUCUUGGAAUCGUCCUCAGUGUACCUGUGAAUGCAGUUGUUGAUCGCUACACCAGUAAGAUCGUCUUCAACGGGGUCCGGGUCGUCGCCAUGGUCAUCAUCGGCCUGGGCUUCCUCCUCCUGCUUCUGCCGGAGGAGUGGGACGUCUGGCUGCUUAAGCUGCUCACCCGCCUGAAAGUGAGGAAGAAGGAGGAGGCGGCGGAGGGUGGCGCGGACCUGGGCUUGGGGCCUCAGAGCAAGAGUGGAAGGGCCCGGCCCUCCUUCGCCCGCUGAUGGUCCGCCCGAGAACUCUGUGGUGACGCUCGCGUGGGUGAUUUGGAAUCUCUUCCCCGCAGGGGGAACCUCGGUUCGGUGAGGUGUACAUACCUGUACAGUUUUGGUAAUCUGCGGUAAGUUAUAUGGUAUUUAUUGGCAUGUCCAACUUGCUUGCACUUUUUUUCACAUCAGACCUUUCACUUAAGGGUACCAAUUAAAUACGGGAGGGAAAAGAACCUCUCCGCUCUUUUUAAAUGAAUGUAAAGCAGCUUAAAAUGAUCCUUGCCUAGAUUGUUUGGGAUGACAGAUGUUCUUGACAAGGCAGGGCAGAUGUUUUGACUCUUCCCAACUGAAAAUUACAUUGCACACUGUGAUUAUUUUUCAGCUAUGGUAGGUCAUACUUUGUUUCAUACCAGAGCUGUACUCUUAAUUUGAAGGGAUUUCAAUGAACCAAAAGAUCACUCUGAGUUAAUUUGGAUAAACGGAUUGUUGGAUGGAUGGGUUGAUGGGAUGUGAAGAGCUGGAGCAGAAAAGGAUAAUGGACAUGGAAAAUCAUUGACUAUGGCUAACUGGGGGUGGCGAUUGGAGGAGGACAGGCCCAAGCCAGGUAACAGAAAGGGAAGGUUAAGUCCCAGCCCCAGCUGGCUUGCUCUCACGUGUCUGUGUAAGAUCAUGGAAGAGAAAUUACAGUGCCUUCUACAGAAUUUUUGUCUUUACCUAUGUGAAGCGAGGUGACAUUAUAGGUCACUGGUGCCGUCUUCUCAUUUAGAUGUAGAAAUCUUUAGAAACAAAUAAAAGACUAUACAUUGUGUGUGUGUGUGUGUGUGUGUGUGUGUGUGUACAAAAGUGGCAAAGCUGAUGACCAGUGUAGUAGAACACGGGUCACGGUGUGCAUAUCAGGUAGACUCCGCAGAAGAUGAAUCGCUGGUUGCUUUUACUUCCUGACCAAGACCACAAGAUUUACUGAAUCUGCAAACCUUUUUAUGAAACUUUUAAGCACCACGCUGUUUACUUCCACAAUUUAGGUCUGCCAGAAAAUUCUAUCUGUGAUAGAUCUGUAAAGAGGGCCAAGGGGGUUAGAGUUUACUAUUUUUGAAGUUUACAUUGUUACAUAACGAAUUGGAAACCUUAUUUUGAAACGGUGUCAUAACCCAGUGGUGUGCUCUGUAACCAUGGAGUCUUUCGUUUCCUAGGGGAAAGGGCAUUCGUGACCUGAACUUUUUAAGCAAAUUAUUAUUCUCAGUUUCCAUUACCUGUUUAACCAAACAGAUUAAUAAAUGAUUUAAAAAAGAAGCA